AUGCCCUUUGCAGUCUCUCCAUCUUCAUCAGCUGCCGAUCCAACUGAAGAUGGAGGAGUCACAUUACAGUGUUCCCUGAAGACAACCCUCAAGUCGUUUUCUUGCUCUGGGAGUUUCCACUGGUUGGAUGAGAAAGGAACUAAACUGACUGGUGAAGAUGACAGAUACAAGAUAAAUGAAAUAAGCAACUGUAAUUCCUAUCUAACUGUGCAGCAUCAGAGCGUCACCAACAGAAAUUAUACCUGCAAGUAUGUUAAAGAAAACACAGAGAUAGAAGCUCACUACACAGCUGUGCUUAAAGAUAUCAAAAGAGAAGUAGUCCAUAUCUACCACAGAGCUGGAGAUGAUGCUGUUUUACCCUGUAAAAGACCUUCAUCAUCCUCUUCCUCAUGCUCCACUGUUAACUGGCUUUAUAUGAGAGAUGAAGACAUGAAUCCUCAGCAGGAAGUUCAGAGAGGAAACGUUGUUCAGAGUUCAUCUAAAGCUGCCAGGCUGAGUGUGGACAAUAACUGCUCUCUGAUCAUCAACAACAUCACUACUGAGGAUGCUGGAGGUUACAGAUGUCAGAUUCAGGAUGGAGGCAGCACUGAUCCAGAUGU